UAUGGAUCACAUAAUUACCAACUCAAAAGAUGACACAUCAAAAGAUGACACAUCAAAAAAUGACAUAUCAAAAAGACAAACGAAACAAAACCAUGCGAUGAAAAGGCUUAAACCGUGUAUUUAAAGGGGAUGAUAUCCUGUUUCAGUUGCUGAUUCACUUUUUAUUGUGUCCAUAAGACAGUCAUAGUUGAAAAAUAAGCUAACUAACCAUACCUUUCACAAAUGUCGAAGCAACGUAUGCUUGCAAAGGUCGUCUUAAAUGAUGCCAAACACACAAUAAGUGCACUCUCUCAGGUUAAAGUUACACCUCCUGUUUUCACUCGAGAGUAUAAUGAUAUGGGUAACGGUAGAAGCGAGAUCAUUAAAUCCUUGAUUGAUGACUUGGUGAAGGAUAUCUCACGUGUUAGUAUCGGCAUCCAAGCUUUACAAGUUAAUUUGAACUUGGAUGUGUCUCCAAUUCAAUUUUCUACAAGACCUGUUAGGAAGAAAACAUUGUACAAUACUUGGUAUAAAGAUAAUUUUUCGAACUGUAAAGAGGAGCACCCAGAAUGGGACGCUACUAGAAUCACGAAGAAGCUUGUUCGCGAUUGGAGGGAGUUCUCCGAUGACGACAAGGAAGCUUUGGAGAUCGAGUAUGGUUUCAAAAGUAAGACCGAAUAGUUUCCUUCUAUCUGGUUGAUUGAUUUGAUCUUUUUAUUCUGGAUUGAUUUCACGUCUGUCCAAUAGCCACUGUUUCGCUGGUGCAUAUCUACUGCCAAUUCUGAGAAUUGAAUACUCAAAGAAUAGUUCAGCUCAUAUUUGAUUGUUGUU